CCCUGCAACAUCCAGCUCCACGGUCUUUGCCAUUCUCCAAUUUGCUCACAGCAACUCAGUCACUUCGACGACCAGAAAAAGAAAGACACAAUGAACACGUACUUCGUGCUAGCCUCCGCUGUCGCUGCUCUAGCUGGCUCUGCCGACGCCGCCGCCUGCACGACUGCCCAGCAGCAGUCUGCGUACCUUGGCAUGGUUGGCCUGCUCACGGGUACGGCUCUCAACGAGUGUGCCUCGGAAUCAGGCUACAACAUGCUGUACGCCACCGCUCUCCCCACGGACGAUGAGCGCAAGGCGAUGUGCGUUGUUCAAGCGUGCCAUGACCUCAUUGUUUCGGUGCUAGCUACGAACCCUCCGGACUGUGACCUGACCAUCCCCACCAGUAACGCCGUCAUGAACGUCUACCAGCUCGCCUCCACUUUCGAGACGCAGUGCGAUGCCUUGGUUACCACGACGGCCCCCUCCACAGAGGCACCCACCACUGCACCGACCGAGGCCCCUACAUCUGCUCCUUCUGAUGUUCCUACGAUCGCUCCGACUGAUGCUCCCACGUCUGCGCCAACUGAUGAUCCUACGGAUACCCCCACGACAGCCCCAACUUCGGCCCCGACGGAGCCUGUUGUGCCUGGCGCUGCUUGCUAGUUAGCCAAAGCUCUCGUGACGGCGGAGCUUUACUGACAGUGCAUCCUCUCUAAUAUCAUCAUUUUCUUCAUCUGAUUGACGAGUUCAUGACAUGUAUUAAAUG